AUGGACAGCAAGGUGUGGGGUACCUGCAUUUUCUGUUUGCUGAGCCCAUUACCCAUGAUACUGGGCCAUGUGCACCCCGAGUGUGACUUCAUCAGCCAGUUGAGAGAGGAAGAGAGUGCAUGUCUCCAGGCAACGGAGGAGGAGCCCAACACCACCCUGGGCUGCCCCAGGAUGUGGGACGGGCUGCUGUGCUGGCCGAUGGCAGGCUCUGGAGAGUUGCUGACCCUCCCUUGCCCAAGUUUCUUCUCUCACUUCAGUCCAGAACCAGGGGCCGUAAAGCGGGAUUGCACCAUCAUGGGCUGGUCUGAGCCCUUCCCACCAUACCCUGUCGCCUGCCCCGUGCCCUUGGAGCUGCUGAUAGAAGAGAGAUCUUACUUCUCCACGGUGAAGGUCAUCUACACGCUGGGCCACAGCAUCUCCGUCGCGGCCCUCUUCCUGGCCAUCAUCAUCCUGGUUUCUCUGAGGAGGCUCCACUGCCCCCGAAACUACAUCCACACCCAGCUGUUCAGCACCUUUAUCCUCAAGGCGGCAGCUGUGUUCCUGAAGGACGCCGCCUUGUUCCACGGCGAGAACACAGACCACUGCAGCUUCUCCACUGUUGUGUGCAAGGUCUCUGUGGCCACCUCGCAUUUUGCCACCAUGACCAACUUCAGCUGGCUGUUGGCAGAAGCUGUCUACCUGACCUGCCUGUUGGUCUCCACGUCACCUAGCACAAGGAGAGCCUUCUGGUGGCUGGUUCUUGCUGGCUGGGGUCUUCCCCUGUUCUUCACUGGAACAUGGGUGGGGUGCAAGCUGGCCUUUGAAGAUAUUGCGUGCUGGGACCUGGAUGACAGCUCCCCCUACUGGUGGAUCAUCAAAGGGCCCAUCGUCCUCUCAGUUGGGGUGAACUUUGGGCUUUUUCUCAAUAUUAUCCGAAUCCUGCUAAGGAAACUGGAGCCAGCCCAGGGCAGCCUCCACACCCAGUCUCAGUACUGGCGUCUCUCCAAGUCAACACUUCUCCUCAUCCCGCUGUUUGGAAUUCACUACAUCAUCUUCAACUUCCUGCCUGACAGUGCCGGCUUGGGCAUCCGCCUCCCCCUGGAGCUGGGACUGGGCUCCUUCCAGGGUUUUGUUGUUGCCAUCCUGUACUGCUUCCUCAACCAAGAGGUGAGGACGGAGAUGUCACGGAGGUGGCACGGACAUGACCCUGAGCUACUGCCAGCCCGGAGGAACCAUGCCAAGUGGACCAUGGCUUCCCACUCAGGGACGAAGGUGCUAACGUCCGUGUGCUAG